AUGGAGGGGCAGCCCGUCGACCCGUCCGUCACCCGAUCACACAGCGCUGUUGCCAAAGCAGAAACAGCAAAAUCAGGGCAGGGCGACAGCCCGCUUCUUCGGACCUCGAUGAUCAUUCUGAGGCAUCCCCCUGAGGCUUUCCCUUCCAUCCCGACCAGGGCGCCAAACAUUGAAGGAUGGGACGGGAUCAGCCAGACCUCGUUUCUGGGCCCGGUCUUGUCAGUGCCCGCCGCCCAGGCCACGACUUGCGAAGACUCUAGGCGGCCCGGCCAAGGGUGUCCCAUGUCACCAUCACAUUCUGACCCUCGACCGCCCACGCUACUUACUACUAUGUAUAUCCAUCCAGUCUCCAGAGCGUUUGGACUCGACCAGGGCACAAAGGAUGGGAGGCAAUACCUAUCCAUUUCCAGGCAGCCUACCUUACCUAUACAUCUCGACAGUCUGCGACUCGGAACUACGAUAUCCUCGCUCCAGGCCUACCUACUAUCGAAAGCUUGCCGAGGGGCUAGCGAUGUCUAUCAACGCUCUUACGUCAUUUACACUGGCUACUGCGACCCGGAAGCCAACCCCACGAAAAAAGAAAAAAAAAAGAAGAAAAAAAAAGCAUCAGGAACUCGUCAUGAGAACAUCGCUCCUCCUCAACAAAAACAUAAGAGUACCAAGAAAUCUAGGGAUCACGGCGCAAGGCAGCCUUGUGACCAGGCAGAUUUGGCCGUGACAUCCCCGGGCGGCCUUGUCAUCCGCCCCUCAUCCUUGUCACCCGAGACAGCUGGUCAGCUUUCAAGAAGACAAAGAUACCCCGCGGACACAUUUCAAGAGGAGAACAGUUCAGGAGAAGGUGAAGAGCAGGCGCGGAAACGGACAAACGAGUCGCCACGCAACCAUCCACGCGGAGGCUAUGUGUUAAGACGGCGUCCGUGGCGCAAGACUUCAAAGAUGUAUCGCGUCCAUCACUCACCGUUUGAACCCUGGAAGCUUCUGCCCCGCAUCAUCGCAGCCUGGUGUCGUCAUGGCACAGGCCAUAUUCUGGAGGCUGGAAUCUCUCGGGAAGCGCGAAGAAACACUCCCAGCGAGAAAUGCCCCCACAUUGGCCCUGGUCUGGCCUCGUGGUCGAUGGAGACGAGGUUGCCCAAGACACUUUCUAGUCGCUACCUUACAAGUCACCAGAGAGCCCAAAACUCCAUCGUCAACUCUGUCAUCAUCAUUUGA